AUGGGGACAGAGUCGCAGCUGGGCCAGGGCUCUGUUGCCGUGUGCAGUGGGGGAGGGGCCGGAGCUUUCCCCUCGCGCUCCGAUUGGUCAGGGCUCUGUCUCCGCUGCCCAUUGGCUGUGUCGGGAGCGGCUGGUGUUCCAGGGGCGUCACGUGGCCGCGAGGCGCUCGGGAGGUGGGUGCUGAGCAGCUCGUGGUGCGGCCUGGAGCGCGAGCGGGUUUGGUACCUGCUUAGCCAACUGCAGCAGAAAGAAGCAGCAGAGGAGAAGCUGGAGGAUUCUCUCACCGAGAACAAGCAACUGCUACUUGAGUGGCUUGAGUUCCAGGAUGAAGAGCUUGAGAAAAUGAGGGAACUUUGUGAGAAGAACCACAAGCUUCUCCAGGAGAAUGAGUCCCUCAAACAGCCAAAGAUUCGCCAUCAGACAACUGCAAAACCCCAUGCACAGACCCCAGAAAUGUCUGAAUCUGGGGAGACUGGAGGGGAGAUGGAAGAAGCAGAGUGGGUGCCAAUAAAAGCAGCCGAAGGAUUCAAGAAAAGCCUGUCGGGUAUGAUCCAGCGUUCCUGCCACGGCCGAUGUGGAAACAGGCAGUGUGGCUACAGGAAGCAGAAGUGAGGCUGUACCACAGGCUGUCACUGUGAUGCAACAAAAUGUAUCUGCUGGACCAUCCUGAGGCCCAAACGAGAUUCUAAAGGAUCCUUCAAACUGGAAGAUCCCAUUGACGUGACUGCUGGGGAGACCACCUUUGAACCAAUAUGUAUCAUUCUGAACAAGAAGGCUCAGACUCAC